AUGGUGAAAUCGUCGACAAGGCCGAGUGAUUCCGGUGACUCGAUAAAAAUUAAUGUUGUCCAGCUAUCGCCGAAUCCACCUGAUGGAGGCUGGGGAUGGUUCGUCUGUCUGGCUGCUUUUUACUGUAAUUUCAUUGUCAUCGGAUUACAAAUGUGUUUCGGUCUCAUUUAUAUCGGUUUGAGGGACACUUUUUAUGACAGUGCUUCGAAGACCUCUUUAUCCGGUGCCCUUUUCAGUGGAUUCAAUAUGUUAAUAGGUCCCUUUGUAAGUGGCCUUCUCACCUUCUAUAGCCAUCGCAGUAUCAUCAUUGUUAGCGCACUUGUUGCUUCUGCAGCCAUGUUUAUCAGUGCGUUUGCGACGCGAGUGGAAAUGCUUAUUGUCACAUAUGGCCUUAUUGGAGGAAUCUCUUUAGGGAUGGUUUUCUUUACCGCCAAUGUAAUCGUCGGGAUGUAUUUUGUGAAGCGACGAGCCUUGGCAUUCAGUCUCGCCAACUGUGGAGCCGGGGCCGGAAUGUUCACUCUCAAUUAUGCAGUCACACAACUUUUGGAACACUACGCCCUGAGAGGAACGCUAAUGAUAUUAUCAGGGCUUAUUUUGAAUAUUGUCGUUUUUGGCGCACUUUGCAGACCCGUAGAUUGUCAUAUCGAAUCUUCGGAAGAAACACAGGAUACAAAAGAACAGCCAGCGUCUUCCCAAGGAUUGCUUUCUCCAAAGGACCGAUUCGAAGACCUGCAUUUAUCCAAAAUAUCACUGGAAGAAUACAGACUUACCAAAAGGGUGCGCCGAAUCUCAGAAAUGUCUCAUAGUAGUUCCACAGCAGCCAUUGAUACAGCCAUUAUGGAGGCAAACAGAAGAAAAGAAUCAAUACGAAAGUCAAAAAUAAAAGAAAUUUGUUCAUCCUUCUUUGACUUUUCCAUCCUAAAGAACCCGGAUAUUCUUUUAUUAUCAAUGACUUACAUUUUUUGGUCAGCCAACCAAAUUCCGAUGGUCUAUCUGCCGGCGUAUCUGUUGUCCGUUGGCCAAAGUAAAGAUGAAGCUGCUCUUCUGAUGUCCAUCUCGGGAAUCACAUGUACCAUUGGCCAGUUCCUUGUUGGUGCCCUUGUCGAUUUCGCCCACAUCGCCAGCCAUUAUUUAUUGACGCUGUCUCUGAUCCUCCUCGCCACGCUUACAUUUGCCGUGACGUUAAUCAGUGCUUUUUGGUCUUUCACCGUCGUCGUCAUCUUCUGGUCAAUUGCUCUUGGGUUUGGUAUAUCUUUGCGAGUAAUUGUGACUAUGGAUCUUACUGGAAUGGAUGACUUUUCACGCGGUUACAGUCUGCUCAUGUUAUUUAAUGGUAUUGGUUAUGCUACGAGUCCACCAUUGUCUGGCAAGUAA